AUGGACCAGGGAGAAGAAAUCAGCCUCGAGGAGCGCUUAAAGUCCGCUCUCUGGUUGUCGAUCGGGAAGAUAGUGGAUGAGGAAACCAUUAAGCUUGGUGUCAACGCCACCCCUCAGUUUAUUGGAGCCUUGACGGAAAUGGUCUGGGCUCAGAUAGAGACGGUCAGCCAAGAUCUGGAGUCUUUUGCUAAGCAUGCCGGGCGUUCGACCGUCAAUGUCGCAGAUGUGAUGCUACUCGCUCGCCGCAACGAGGGACUAGAAUCUAUCUUGCGGGCAUUUGUCGAGCAAUUGCGCGAAGAAGAGGCCUGA